AUGACUACGUUCCCACUUAUCAAUGGAAUAGCUUCGUACGAACUUAAAACUUCGGACUCCAACCUUUUCAAGGAAACCAUACAUUUCUAUAACCAGCUCGUGGGUUUGGACCGUCAACUGUCCGGGGAACUGAAAGAUGUAGUUUUCCUUGGAUCUUCACUCUGUGACUUCAAGGUGAAGGUUGUACUCUCGCCUGAUGCAAGAUCUGCUGAAGAGUCCAAUGAUGAAAGACAUCAAAUCUCAUUAUUAUGUAAAGGUAGUGACUGGAGACUGACCACCAGUUCUAUUUCCUUGAAGGUUACUGACUUGAACUCAUUGAUAAGAGCUUUAAAAGAAAAGGGCUACUCGCUCCAAAUUACCCCCAACGAAUUAUACCCUUAUGAGGUGCACACUAUUGAUCCGUUGGGCACCAUAGUCGGAUUUACCACUGCAAGUAAUCCAAUGACUUUAAUACCACCUGUAGCCAAAUUGACUCCAGACACCAUCGCUGCUACUUUGCAGCAACCUGGUAUUACUCCUUCCCUUGCCGUCCCCAUGUCUACCUCUGUUUCCACCGAUACCACUUACUAUGACGGAUCUGAUCAACCUGCCAGAAGAAAUAUCGCUGUCAUGACCUCUGGUGGUGAUGCUCCAGGUAUGAACGCUAAUGUACGAGCCAUUGUGAGAGCUGCCAUUUUCCGUGGUUGCAAGGCCUUUGCUGUUAUGGAGGGGUACGAAGGACUCGUUCGUGGUGGCCCCCAAUACAUUAAGCAGAUGCUGUGGCAGGAUGUCAGAGGGUUCUUGAGUGAAGGUGGUACUAAUAUCGGUACUGCCAGAUGCAUGGCCUUCAAAGAGAGACCGGGACGUUUGAAGGGAUGCAAACACUUGAUUGAAGCUGGUAUUGAUGCAUUGAUUGUUUGUGGUGGUGAUGGUUCUUUAACAGGUGCCGACUUGUUUAGAUCUGAGUGGCCAUCUUUGAUUAAGGAACUUAGAGAUACAAACGAAAUCACUGCUGAGCAAUAUCAGCAGCAUAAGCAUUUGAACAUUUGUGGAACUGUUGGAUCCAUUGAUAAUGAUAUGGCCACCACAGAUGCCACCAUUGGUGCCUAUUCGUCAUUGGCAAGAAUUUGCCAGGCAAUUGAUUAUAUCGAUGCCACUGCCAACUCUCAUUCAAGAGCUUUCGUUGUGGAAGUUAUGGGUAGACAUUGUGGAUGGCUUGCGUUGAUGGCAGGUAUUGCUACCAGUGCAGAUUAUAUCUUAAUCCCUGAAAAGCCCUCAUCCACUCAAGAUUGGAAAGCCCAAAUGUGUGAAAUUGUAGGCAAGCAUAGAUCCAAGGGUAAGAGAAAGACCAUCGUCAUUGUAGCUGAAGGUGCUAUUACCUUAGACUUAGACCCAAUCACCGCCAAUGACGUCAAGGACGUACUUGUCGAAAAGUUAGGUCUCGACACGAGAGUUACCACUCUUGGUCAUGUCCAAAGAGGUGGUACUGCUGUGGCGUACGAUCGUGUUCUUGCCACAUUGCAAGGUGUGGAAGCUGUGAAAGCUGUUUUGGACUGUACUCCUGAUACUCCAUCUCCACUUAUUGCCAUUCAAGAAAACAAGAUCGUUAGGAAACCUCUUGUAGAGGCUGUUCGUAUUACAAAGCAAGUUGCAACCGCUAUUGAAAGCAAGGAUUUCGUAAAAGCCAUGAGCUUGAGAGAUUCCGAAUUCGUUGAACAUUUAGGCAACUUCAUUGCUAUGAAUUCUGCGAAUCAUAAUGAGCCUACACUUCCUCCAGCUAAACGUAAGAAGAUUGCAAUUAUGAACGUAGGGGCACCAGCUGGUGGAAUGAAUUCAGCUGUUUACUCAAUGGCCACCUACUGUAUGUCUCGUGGACACACGCCAUAUGCAAUUCAUAAUGGUUUUGCCGGAUUGGCACGUCAUGAAUCUGUUCGUCUGAUUGAUUGGCUCGCGAUUGAAGGCUGGAAUUCAAUUGGUGGUUCCGAAAUUGGUACAAACAGAUCGACUCCAGAAGAUACGGAUAUAGGUAUGAUUUCCUAUUACUUUGAAAAGUAUCAAUUUGAUGGAUUAAUUUUAGUUGGUGGUUUCGAAGCAUUUAUCUCCUUAGAUCAAUUGGAAAAGGCCAGAUCAAUCUACCCAUCAUUUAGGAUCCCUAUGGUAUUGAUUCCAGCCACAAUCUCAAACAAUGUUCCUGGUACUGAAUAUUCUCUUGGUUCAGACACAUGUUUGAACUCACUCAUGGAUUAUUGUGAUGUCGUGAAACAGUCGGCUUCGUCCACAAGAGAUAGAGCUUUCAUCAUUGAGGUUCAAGGUGGUAAUUCGGGAUACAUUGCUACACACGCUGCACUUUGUUGUGGGGCACAAGCUUCAUAUGUACCUGAAGAAGGUAUUUCACUUGAUCAAUUGGAACUGGAUAUCAGAUCAUUGAAGGAAUCAUUCUCUGUUGAUCAAGGACUUUCUAAAUCGGGUAAGCUUAUUCUUAAAUCUACAAACGCCUCAAAGGUUCUUACUACUCAAAUUCUUGCUGAUAUAAUCAAGCUUGAGCUGAAUGGGAUGUUCGACGCUAAGACUGCAAUUCCUGGUCAUGUCCAACAAGGUGGUCUUCCAUCUCCAAUAGAUAGAACCAGGGCUGCCAGAUUCACUGCUAAGGCAGUUGAAUUUAUCGAAAACAACUGCGAUGUCAUCGGUAAGUACAAGUUUGACCUUGACUUCCCUUACGGAGACAAAACUGUUUCUAAGACUGCUGCGGUUCUCGGUAUCAAGCUGUCACAUUUAAAGUUCACCUCAAUUAGACAAUUGUACGAUUUUGAGACUUUAUUGGGUAAGAGAAUGCCCAAGAAGAUUUCUUGGGAAAGCUCUAGGGACAUUGCCGACCAAUUGGUAGGUAGAACCAGAGUCAUAAAACCAGAAGCUUGA